AUGAUUCUGACAGUGAACGAAGCCCUGGUGCUAAAAGAUAUAAAAACACGAUUACGCCGUAGUCUCAAUGAAUCUGGAAUUCUAACUUUGGACGACCUCAUUGGCUCUGAACAUGCUCCGUUGCUGAGCGAUUUGCCUGUACCGGAAUCAUUAUUUCAACCAGGGGAACUCAGUAGUAAUAAUGCAUCGGUCGUGGAGCCACCCGCCGAUGAGGAAACAAUCACCGCAGUUGAAGCUCCCGAACGUUCAUGCGUGGAAUCGUCUCCGCUGUCCUCUCGAAACUCGGAUUCUGUAUUAGCUGGUCUUGCAAACGAGUCAACUUGCGCAGUGACCAAUCGUGUACAAUCAGUGAAAUUUAACACCAAUUUUCGCGAAGUGCCUUGUCUGCGAGUGAACCCGGGUGAUCAGCCAGAAGUUGUGGCAUUGAAGCAGACAGCAAUGGCCAAUUUGCAAAAACGGCUUGAUGAGGCUAUUGAAAAGUAA